AUGCCGGUACGUCGUUUCAUCAAUAUAGUACCUAGCUCCUCAAAGCUAGACUCUUUGAAUGAGGAAUGCUCAACGCCUCUGGAUCAAAAUCAACCUAAGAAAAGCUCGAUAACCAGCCUUAUGCUUUCCAAAAACAAUGAACAUGGAAGGGACAGCAGCCUUCCUCUAUCGAAACCCAGAUCGGGGAGUAGUGCAUCCAAUAGCACCGUAAGUUCAACCGGGAAGAAUAUUGGCACAAGGCGCCCCAGCACCAAUGUCGGCUUCGAAAUCGGUAGCCAAGACGUUUCUAAAAGUAUGUCAGGCUUCCACAAUACAGUGCCUGCAACGAAUUACGUUAGGCCAAAGUCAGAUGACUCUAUAGGUACGUCGAGCACAGAAAUAUUUUCUUCAUCGCAUUCGAACACAACAUCUGAUUCAUUAUGUACAUCAGACAUAAGCUCUGAAGAGGGUGAAAUGGGAAGCAACAAGUUGAGAGACAACUCCUUCGUCAAAAGCGUAAGGGAUGUUGAGAAGAGAUGCAAUAUCACGCCUUCGAAGAAGAACCAACCAGGAUCAAUACUGCACAAAACACGCACAGCCGGCAGCAUUGAUAAGACGAUUUGUUCAAUGAGCACAAUAACUACAUACGUUCCGUCUCGUCAAAAUUCAGUAACGACUCCCAAACUAUCCGGAACAGUACGAAUUCCUGAAUCGAGUAAUACAAUUAGUAGUAUGGCCGCAUCACAAGUUUCUUUCGUAAGCGAGAAUGACUCCCCUCUCAGACAUCAUUGCAAGAGUACCACAGCUUUCCAUGAACCUAAACUGAUACCGAUCACAAAAACGCCGUACGCGCAUUCCAACAGCACUUCUGCAAUAUUACCAUAUAAGACAACCCAACUUACUCCUUCUCAACGUUAUCGCUUGAGAAAAGAACAGAAUGAUCAAUCCUUGCGUAAAGCCAUAAAAAAAAAGGAAAAGUUCUAUGAUGACCAAGAUUCUAACCUGGAACUUCAAGAGGGCGAUGUUGACGGCUCCUUGAUUUGGAACAUUCCGAUGGCUUCCCUAUCAACCAGCUCUUUUUUAACACUAUCUAAAUUCAAUAAAAAUGAAAAAGUUUUGGAUUCAACACAGGAUGGCGAAGAAAUACUGGCGCAUGGUAACUAUCAUAGAGGGAAUCGACACGUACCGUCACAGCUCGGUGUAGAUAAGACAUACGAUCUGAAACACAGUCCCAAAAAACAUACACUAUAUACAAAUCACAAAUUAGGGGGAUCUUGUUUAGAUUACAAGGAGCUUCCACCUACAUGUAUUCCUGGCAUAUCACACUUUUCUGACUCACAAUACAUCCAGGAUACUAUGGAAAGUCUCUCCCAGGUCUACAUACACAGUUCCGAAAAAAAAUCCAAAAGUAUCCUUUCUGGUCGUUCUAGAUCAGUACGUUGUUUACCAUUGGAAUUUAAAGAAGCUAGCAAUCAAGGCAUGGAAGAUCUAAUGUUAGUUUCAGAAGAUAAAAUGAAGGCUGUAAGUCAUUUCCGUCCUAGUUGGUUACCGCCCAAAGAUUGCAAGGAAAGGAAACUACAAGACAAGCAGAUCUAUAAAAAUAUUGACUUAGCAUCGGUGGAGGAGUUGCAAAGAAAUAAAGAACGCGAUGACAAGGUCAAAAGAAAUGAACAAAAUAGUGUUAAAUUUCAACAAUUAUUAGACCGGGGCAUUACUCGAAACUCAUCAUUGAACGAAUUGAAGAAAAUUAUUUGGGAAACCCCCUUCACAUCAACGGUACGGCUUCAAAUGUACAGCCAACUCUUACAAAGUGAGAAUUGUUUAAUAACAGAAUGCUUUAUAGAAACAUUUGAGGAAAUGAUACAGUUACUAAAUAAAAUGGAUUUUCCCAAGGAUAAAGAGUUUGAAAUAAAACAACUAAUCGAGCAUGACAUUCAAGAGAAGGUAUUCUACAAAAACGGAACGAACAAGCGAACAAUAUCUGAUUUGAUGCUGUUACUACAACUGAAAUCCAUAUCUCAACAAGGUUUAGUUACCGGUGAUGAGAUGUUAUUCUAUCAUUUUUUGACUGAAGAAUCGUUUAGAACUCUGAAAGAAGUUUGGGAAAUGGUCAACCUGAUUCAGAUGACGUGCUUCAGUGAAGUUUGCAAGGAGAAAUAUGAUUCAAGAAUUUUAAACCCUAGAGGUAUCGUGGCCCACUUUUUAAGGAAGGAUGAGUUCAAAGACGAAUUUAAUGGUGACUGCUUGAAUAGCAACACAUGGUGGAACAUAUUACAAAGAAUGGACCACAAACUUUUCAUGCGGAUAAUGGACGUAAUUGUUGUUCAUAAUGGUCAAAACUUUGCGAGCCAUCCCGUAAAAAUUGAAACAUUCGAAAACAAGGCAUUGGAAUACUAUAGAUCUAAAAAAAUAGCCGUAAACUAUAAGAUUUUAGUUUCAUUAACGGUCAAUGUACUAAUAAACUAUCAUUUUGGUUACGAUAAUCUGAAGAAUUUACCGGAUUUGAAUGACAAGCACUUUUGUAUUCCACUUUAUACCGAGAAUAGCAUUGAAGAGGAAAGCCUCAAUGACGCUUUUACAAAGUGGUGGUCACAUUACUACCGGAAAUUACGUUAG